GGACAGUACCUGCCCGAGGUGGGGCCGGGGAUAGAUGGCGUCAAGCCCCCCUAUGGCUACAUGGGCAAGAAAGGCAAGGCUGGCGGCGCCGUCUUCGAGAUGCCCGCGUUCACAGCGGAGCUCCUCACCCCCUUCCCCCGGGUCGGCGUGCCAGUGAAGUUUGACAAGCUCCUCUACAACGGCCGGCAGAACUACAACCCCCAGACGGGGAUCUUCACCUGUGAGAUCCCUGGCAUCUACUACUUCGCCUACCACGUCCACUGUAAAGGGGCCAGCGUCUGGGUGGCAUUGUUCAAGAACAACGAGCCGCUGAUGUACACCUAUGACGAGUACAAGAAGGGCUUCCUGGACCAGGCUUCGGGCAGCGCUGUUGUCCAGCUGAUGCAUGGAGACAAGGUUUACGUGCAAAUGCCAUCUGAGCAGGCAGCAGGACUCUAUGCCGGGCAGUAUGUUCAUUCGUCUUUUUCAGGAUAUUUAUUGUAUCCCAUGUAAAACAAAAACCAGACACACACUCACAUACACACAAAAUCAAAACCUUUCUUCUCCGCUUCAAACUUUUAUACCAUGAAAGACGCAUUUUAUGACCGUUUUCGACCAUCUUGUACUAAAAAAAAUAAAUACAAAGUUUAACAUUAUGCACAACUAGUUAUAAAAAAAAAAGGUGUGGUCAACAUAUCUAAAGCUGUGUAUCAGGUUCAUAAACAGUUGUUUUGCAUCCGAGGGGGACAUAUUAGCUGUACAUUAUAUAUUUCUGUGAUGCCAUGCUUACUUCAUUUCAUUCACAAUAAUUCCACACUAAGGUUCAAGUCAGUGUACGUCACUCACUCCUGUUGCAUAUUUGACUGUUACAUUGAUCAUAGUUACGAGAUGAAACCCAGUGACUUAAAGCAGAGUAGGUCUGUCUCAAAUUAUAUAGAAAAAUUUGAGUGGCUUUUUAUUUG